AUGAGGUCGCACCAUGCACCAGGGGCUGUGGUCGUUUCUCUUAUUCCAGCAUCCCCAGAACGAUCUCUCCUCAGUCUCUUGAUCCGAAUACUGAGUUCUCCUUUCGUUUCUAGAACCAAUUUCUACGACCGCAGUCUGACAAGUCGGAGAUAUGCCCUUGUCGGAAUGGCAUGCUCAGGUAUCUUUGGCUGCUCAUGCAUCGUUGCAAGCAUCAUCACUUUAGCCAAUCAAGGAGUCUUCGGAGUAACCAAUGUGACAAACUACUCUACAUAUUUGCCUGGUUCCUGGUUGCCCAUGAAGAGGGAGAUAUUGGCCCUGGCACUCGACUUAAUCGUCACAUUGUGUACCGAGUCCAUAGGCUUUGUACACGGUAUUUCAUUGCGCUCUGCACUAGCCUCAGAGUCUCGGCUUCAUUUCAACACCAAUCUGCGCCUUCUGACCGCAGCUCGUGGAUGGUAUAACCCUAACGGCGCCCUGCUUAACGUCAUCUUGGCUGUCCUCCUCGUCAUAUCCUACAGCUCGGUUUCAUUCAUUGUGAUCAUCGCAUUGUCAGCGAUGCGUGCUGUCAAAAUAUUGACGUGGAGCUCCUCACCUUUCGACUUGACUGCCGCACUGGUCCACCACACGCAAUUGUCCCCUGUUACAUUACGACACGUUUGGAGGUCCAGCGAAGCCAUCAGAGAUACAGCCCCUGCGUGGCAUGCUCACCCUAGCAUCCGGAAAGUUGUGAUUUUUCUUUGGGUGAUCGUUGCAGCAUGCGCUGGAUGGGCCGCACUCGUCAUGUAUAUGUGGAAUAACUAUUCGGAACCGUGGGGCGGUUUUCAGUGGACAUCCUUCCUCACCUGGCAGUCCAAUGGCAUCCAGUAUCCUAUACCAGGUGUUGAUCUUGAGGUGUGGAUUCUGCUCUAUGUCAACAUGGCAGCUAUCCAGGGGCCAUUGACACUUGGGCUGCAUUGCUCGGAGCUCAUCGCAAAUGUCAUUCGAGACGAAAGACAGUGGAGAUACGCUAGUACCCGAAAGAAAGGACUUACGACAGCGACGAACCCAGUGAAGACGAUUUCCAGUCAUCCGAUUUGUCUCAUCCUUUUUGUCGCAAAGCCUUUCCUGCGCAUUAACAGCGCCGUAGACGGGCAACUGGCCGGCUUGGGGGUAUCUAUGUUCACUGCCCAGAUCUGGAACUUAUGCAUAGCGCUCUUCAUAUUUGCCUGUGUCUUCACUUUCGUCGCACUCCGCCGACCGCGUGGCCCCCAGCCGGCUGCAUACGGCCAUCUCCAGACACUCGCCAACCUCGUGGACGAGUGGUCGCCUGUGAUGUGGUGGGGACACAAGGAGGACGGAAUUCCAGUACUGUCAUGCUGGGACGAGCGAUCACCCGCUGCCGAAAGUGAAGAUGGACUGCGUUUAUGCUGGUUCCGGUGCUGGGUCUCUGGUACCCCUCUCGCUGGCGAUGCAUUGACGGGCACACAACUAGCCAUGCCAUUGAAUGAUACACAUGCAAUUUUUAUGCUGCUUGCUGCAGUUGUCGAUACUUGGACUUUAACGCAUGAAUGGACAAAUCUAUAUGAGCUGUGGAGGAUAUGUUGAGUUGGAAUAAGUGCACAGGUGAGCUGUGAAUAUGAGUGAAAUUGGCCAACAUUAAAGAAUCCACUGCAGAAAAAGGCAGAUUAUGUCGGCGACAGAUGUGGCAAGAAUCUACAGAUCUGUAGCAGACUCGUGCGAGAUUUUUGUCAGGUUUCUCGCUACUGUAAUGUCAAACGAUUGGUCGCAAUUUUCAUGUAUCUGUGUCUCAUUUCACAUAGGUUCGUGUAUAACUUGUUCGCUCUAUAGUCCUCAACCACCUAUCCCACAAUACCCUGUAGGUAUAAUAUAUCAAUAUCUAGUAUUGUAGAAGGCUGAUAUUAUAUCAGAGCCUGUGGUCCAUAGACCAUGAUGUAUCAACUCCCCC